CUGUUGUUUAAACUCCAGUGUCUUUUAUACUAAGCGUUUGUUGGAUGAAAAUGCUGCUGGUAGAACUUCUAGCUAAUGACUUUAUUAAGGCUGUCAACAUUUCAGAAAGCAACUUUUCUCAGUGGACCCAUUCAUCAAAUGAAAUAUGCUUGUACUGUUUUUAAAAGCUUGUUACUUCAUCGUAGACAAGUUCACCUGCCAAAAUGAAGGUGAGGACAUUUGAGAGAGUUAUUUAAGACGUAGCUUUUUUAGAAGGUGUCCCAUCAAAUCAUUGAACUGAAGGGUAAGCAUUGAAUAGAUUAAUCCAGAACACUAUUUUUUAACAAGGAGAAUUUCAUCUUGACAGAAAACGUUUAUUCAAUAUGUCCUUUCUGAAAAAAGUGAGAGAACAGACUUAAAAGAAGGCAAGAGAUGUUGAGUAAAUAAGCAAUGUUUACACUGUUCUUACGAAGACGACUCAGUGAUGUAAAAUCUUUCACAAGUCUCUGGUUGUGAUUCUAAAGACAAGAUUCUUGAUGGGACUGAUGAAAAAAAAUAGGACCUUUUGUGUGUUGGACCCACAGCAAUAGAAUUUGUAAUCAUCGGUAUGAGUGGCUUAGAAGGAAAACAGAAGCUUUCAUCUAAAUCCAGAAGUGCAUACACUUUUUUUUUUACUGCUGUUAUUUUGAAAAUCUCUUCAUAACCACUUAAAAAGAAUUGACAGCUACUUUUGAUGAGUAAAGAAAGGCAGAUGUCUGCAAAUAAUUCCCCUCCAUCAGCCCAGAAGUCUGCAUUACCUGCAACUGUUUCUGCUGUGCUGCCAACUCCUUCUCCGUGUUCAAGUCCUAAGACAGGACUCUCAGCCCGAUUGUCUAAUGGAAGCUUCAGUGCACCGUCGCUCACCAACUCCAGAGGCUCAGUGCAUACAGUUUCAUUUCUACUGCAGAUUGGCCUCACACGGGAGAAUGUUACCAUCGAAGCCCAGGAACUGUCUUUAUCUUCUGUCAAGGAUCUCGUGUGCUCCAUUGUUUAUCAAAAGUUUCCAGAGUGUGGCUUCUUUGGCAUGUAUGAUAAAAUUCUUCUCUUUCGCCAUGACAUGAAUUCAGAAAAUAUACUGCAGCUGAUUACUUCAGCAGAUGAAAUACAUGAAGGAGAUCUAGUAGAAGUUGUUCUUUCGGCUUUGGCCACAGUAGAAGACUUCCAGAUACGUCCACAUACUCUCUAUGUACAUUCUUACAAAGCUCCGACUUUUUGUGAUUAUUGUGGAGAGAUGCUUUGGGGAUUGGUACGUCAGGGACUAAAAUGUGAAGGAUGUGGAUUAAAUUAUCAUAAACGAUGUGCCUUCAAGAUUCCAAAUAACUGUAGUGGAGUAAGAAAGAGACGGCUGUCUAAUGUAUCUUUGCCAGGACCUGGCCUCUCAGUUCCAAGACCUCUACAGCCUGAAUGUGUACCCCUUCUCAGUGAGGAGUCACAUGUUCACCAAGAACCAAGUAAGAGGAUUCCUUCUUGGAGUGGUCGCCCAAUCUGGAUGGAAAAGAUGGUAAUGUGCAGAGUAAAAGUUCCUCAUACAUUUGCUGUUCACUCUUAUGGUCGUCCCACAAUAUGUCAGUACUGCAAGCGAUUACUGAAAGGCCUGUUCCGUCAAGGCAUGCAGUGUAAAGAUUGCAAAUUCAACUGCCAUAAACGUUGUGCAUCAAAAGUACCACGAGACUGCCUGGGAGAGGUUACAUUCAAUGGAGUCAGCGAUGCUGCAUAUCUUUUUCCAUAUAUAAACAUGAAAGAAAAACCAUAUUAUUGUCCUUAUUCUUUUAAAGUUCUUAGAGUUAUUGACUACUUACAGUGGCAAACAGAAAUUCCACUUUCAGAAAUUCUGCGAGUAUCUUCACCACGAGAUUUCACAAACAUUUCACAAGGCAGCAACCCACACUGUUUUGAAAUCAUCACUGAUACUAUGGUAUACUUUGUUGGAGAGAACAAUGGGGACAGCUCUCACAAUCCUGUUCUAGCUGCCACUGGAGUUGGACUUGAUAUAGCACAGAGCUGGGAGAAAGCAAUUCGCCAAGCUCUCAUGCCUGUGACCCCUCAAGCAAGUGUUUGCACUUCUCCUGGCCAAGGGAAAGAGCACAAAGAUUUGGCUACCAGUAUCUCUGUAUCCAAUUGUCAGGUCCAGGAGAAUGUGGAUAUCAGCAGUGUUUACCAGAUCUUUGCAGAUGAGGUGCUUGGCUCAGGCCAAUUUGGCAUUGUUUAUGGAGGAAAACAUAGAAAGACUGGAAGGGAUGUGGCUAUUAAAGUAAUUGAUAAAAUGAGGUUCCCCACAAAGCAGGAAAGUCAGCUUCGUAAUGAAGUAGCUAUUUUACAGAAUUUGCAUCACCCUGGGAUUGUAAACCUGGAAUGUAUGUUUGAAACCCCAGAACGAGUCUUUGUAGUCAUGGAAAAGCUGCAUGGAGAUAUGCUGGAAAUGAUUCUGUCCAGUGAGAAAAGUCGGCUUCCAGAACGUAUUACUAAAUUCAUGGUCACACAGAUACUUGUUGCUUUGAGGAAUCUACAUUUUAAGAAUAUUGUGCACUGUGAUUUAAAGCCAGAAAAUGUGCUGCUUGCCUCAGCAGAGCCCUUUCCUCAGGUGAAGUUGUGUGACUUUGGAUUCGCACGCAUCAUUGGGGAGAAGUCAUUCCGGCGAUCGGUAGUGGGAACUCCAGCUUACUUAGCCCCUGAGGUUCUCAGGAGCAAAGGUUACAACCGAUCUCUAGAUAUGUGGUCAGUGGGAGUCAUCGUCUAUGUUAGCCUUAGUGGCACAUUUCCAUUCAAUGAGGAUGAAGAUAUAAAUGACCAAAUCCAAAAUGCUGCAUUUAUGUACCCACCAAAUCCAUGGAAAGAAAUUUCUAGUGAAGCGAUUGACUUGAUAAACAACCUACUUCAAGUGAAGAUGAGGAAACGUUACAGUGUUGACAAAUCUCUUAGUCAUCCUUGGCUACAGGAUUAUCAGACAUGGCUUGACCUUAGAGAAUUUGAAACUCGUAUUGGAGAACGUUACAUUACACAUGAAAGUGAUGAUGCUCGCUGGGAAAUACAUGCAUACACACAUAACCUUGCAUAUCCAAAGCACUUCAUUAUGGCACCCAAUCCAGAUGAUAUGGAAGAAGAUCCUUAAUUUUUAUCAAUGAGCUAACUUUAACAAGGAUUUAAUUUUAUGUACUGAUAUUCUGCUGCAUUAACUGUCGUCCUUUAGGUUGUCAUUCUCAGGAUGCAAAGCCAUGAGAAGAUACAGGAAUUGGUGACACCAAUACUGUAGUUCAUGAGUAGGUACAGAAAGGGAAAUUGAUGUAUAAUGGACUCAAAACUGAAGUUUUUAUAAAUUUUUAUAGCAUAAGCAAAUAAACUGGUUUUGUAUUUUUCCUGUACCUUCACUUUAUAGUAAUGUCACUUUAUCUUCCCUUUCUUGGUCUUUUGUUUUUUGCCAGUCCUGGGGCUUAAACUCAGAGCACAGGUACUGUCUCUGAGCUUCUCUUUGCUUAAA